ACAAUUUAAAUAUUUAAAUACAAUAGCAAAGUAAGCAUGGCACUCGAAGAGGCCGAACAAGCCGCAGUGUCCGAGAGAACCGACGAGGCAAGGCAAAAAAUUGCAGAAGCGCAAGCCUUGGUGGCUCAUAGGCAAAAGUUGAUACGCUUGGCUGAUUCUUCAGACCUAGGUUGGAGACUCGUUACAGAGUACGAAGCUAAUCCACUUGCCGACGAUUCAGACGACGAGCGUAGAAUGUAAAAGGCUGAAACACGGGCGAGCAGAAAACUUAAAGCUGAAAAGCAAAAGAAGUCACGUAGCGCACACACGGCUCCUUACCGGAAGCCAAGCAGCACUUUUACGGGUCAUUCCCAGAUGUCAACGGCAACGUCAGUAGCACAGUCGACACCGGGCAGACCAGGGUUAUGUUUCACUUGUGGGAAACCGGGGCACUGGAAAGGCUCGCCAGAAUGUUCAGGCGCAGUUUCCAAUAACAAGAUAAGUUUUUUAAAUGUUUUAAAAUGUUUGCCAAAAUCCGAGGCGGAUACGAUUAAAAUGGAUACAGGUACUGUAUACAAGCUCAAUAAUGGUAUAGAUAAGUCGGAUUCUCCAGUAGGUAGAUUAAAGGUACAUUUGCCAAUGUGGAAAAAAGCAACUGACAGCAGGUAUAUUUUAGACGUUAUUGAACAAGGUUAUAAGCUUCCUUUCAAAACUAUUCCGGAAAAUUCUGAGAUAAAAAAUAAUAAGUCGGCAAGAGACAAUCCUGUAUUCGUAGAAAAAGAAAUCGAAUCAUUAAUCGAAAAGGGCAUUGUGUCUAAGGUAUAUAGCAAACCUUGCAUUGUGAAUCCUCUGACGGUCGCUUAUAACAAAAAAGGCAAACCCCGUUUGGUUCUUGACUGUAGAUAUAUAAAUCCUUUUUUACAUCAAUUUAAAGUGAAAUUUGAAGACAUCAAGAUAGCCGAAGCAUUAUUCGAUCUCAAUUCAUUUCUUUUCACAUACGAUUUGAAGGGUGAAUAUCAUCAUGUCGAUAUUUUUCCAAAUCAUCGAACAUACCUAGGUGUCAGUUAUUCGAUAAAGGGAGAGAACUCUCCCUUUCGGCAUUAAGACAGCCGGUCAUAUAUUUACAAAAGUAUUGAGAGUCAUAGUCACAUUCCUUAGAAGAAACGGUUAUAAAAUCGUUAUGUUUCUUGAUGAUGGUAUCGGCGGAAGUAACGAAUACGAGAAAGCCGUUUCUGCUAGCGCGUUUACUAAACAAUCCUUAUUAGAUUUCGGAUUUCUUCUAGCAGACGAAAAAUGUCAGUGGGACCCUGUACAAAGAAUCGAGUGGCUCGGUCACGUGUUAGACAUGAAGUCAAAUCAUUUAUAUAUCACGAGCGAUAGAAUUCGUAGGCUGGAAAAGGCUAUUUCUUCUGCGCUGUUUCAAAUUCAGAUAACUCAAGAUAAUAUUGUACCCGUAAGGUUUCUAGCCAGCAUAACUGGUCAAAUAAUUUCUCUGCAAAGCGUUUUAGGAAAUAAGGUGCGCUUAUUAACAAGACAUUUAUUUAAUUGUAUUAAUUCACGAGCGAGCUGGAACGCUCCAGUAGUAGUAACAGACAACGCAUUGUCUGAGUUACGGUUUUGGGCUAAAAACGCAGAAAUUCUGAACAAAAACGGAAGAUCGUUCAAAUAUGAUAACAUUUAUUUGUUCAAUGUUUUCGCGGACGCGAGUGGGUCCGGUUAUGGUGGGUAUGUUGAGAAUGUGGAAGCAUUACAUGAUAUAUGUAAGAAAAACAACAAAAUAUAUGUUGACUGUUCAGAGCCACCGGAAGUUGGUAAUGAUACAAUGGCAGAUUUUCAUUCUGAGCAUUUAGACACAAGGUAUGAUAUUGUAACCUCGAAAAUUCUAUUUUCGAAAAGAAGUAUAUCCCCGGAAGUGGAUUCAAGCUUAUGUUUACCCCUGGAAGUGGGAAACGUGCCCAACAGAGAGGGCAAUUUAACUUUUCGCACGGCGCAAAAUUGUUCAAAACAUAACAAUGAUGCAGUAUUCUCUAGCAUAGGAUCAGAUUAUCAGGUAAUCGGUUCUUGGUCUGACAUUGAGAAACAACGUAGCUCCACCUGGCGGGAAGCAGAGGCAAUACAUAGGGUUAUGAAAACAUACGGUAGUGUUUUGAAAAAUUCACACGUCAAGGUGUAUUCUGAUAACAAAAAUGUCAAAUCAAUUUUGCUAAACGGUAGUCGUAAAUCUCAUGUGCACAAUAUUGCAUUAGAUUUAAAUUCAUUCUGCGAAGAAAAGAACAUCGUUGUGUGUCCUGAAUGGAUUCCUAGAGAGGAAAACGAAAAAAGCGAUUAUCUAAGUAGAUGUUUUGAUUCAGAUGAUUGGAAAAUUAGAAUACAAUAUUUUAAGAAUAUAGAUAAAAGGUGGGGUACGCAUUCGAUUGACAGAUUCGCAUCACAUUUCAAUAACCAAUGUUUAAGGUUUAAUUCUCGAUGGUGGGUUCCCCGGACAGAGGCAGUAGAUGCUUUAUCCCAGUAUUGGGGUAAUGAUAUAAAUUGGUUAGUUCCUCCACCAAGGCUGGUGCCAGAUUGUAUAAAAAAGAUGCAAUCCGAACAAGCGAAAUGUACGCUUAUUAUCCCGAAAUGGGAAAGUGCGCCAUUUUGGCCAAUGUUAAUUGAAGCUGAUGGAAAAUUCAAAAAAUUUAUAAAAGAAAUAGAAAAUUUAGGAAGAUUUUGCGUCACUUCCGGUGACGGAAAUAAUGGUUGUUUCGGUAAAGAUUAUUUAUCGUUUGACAUGCUAGCUUUAAGAUGCUUACCUUAAACACAUUAUAUAAUUAUCUUUAUCUUUGACAGGUCUUGGUUUAAGAGACACGUUAAAAAGGAAAAUGGACGAGGCAGGAAUACCAUCAUCAUCUCAUGUAGGCAUCACGGACAGAAUGGCCAGUUAUUUGACGCAGUCAAGGGCAGAUAACACCGUUAAGAAAUAUCGUUCUUCUUUCAAGUAUUUUGAAAAUUACUGUGUUACGCACGGUCUGACUGCGUUACCUGCACAACCAAUAUCGGUUGCUAUGUACUUAACAUUUCUUAUGGAUCAAGGAAAAUCUAAUAAUGUAAUUUCAUCUGUUUUUUACAGUGUUAAGUGGGUUCAUUCUUUGAAUGACUAUUCUGAUCCGACAGAAAAUAACAUUGUUAAACAAUUACUUGAAGCUUCAAAGCGUAUAUGUUCGAAACCAGUUCAUAAGAAAGACACUCUUACAACUGAAAUGAUUCAGUCUCUGUGUUCGUUAUAUGAAUCUUCCAGUGACGUAAUUGAUUUAAGAGAUUUAGCUAUGAUUAUUUUAGCAUACUCAGGGUUCAUGCGCAUUAACAAGCAAUUUACAUUGUAAUGAUAUUCAUUUUAAAGAAGACCACUUAUUGGUUAAUGUUAGACAAAGCAAAACCGAUGUUUAUAGGAAUGGAUCUGAAAUUGUUAUAGCCAAAGGUACUACACAAGCUUGUCCUUAUUCUAUUUUACAACGUUACGUAACGCAUGCAAAAAUAUCUUUAGAUUCGGACAAAUAUUUAUUUCGGCCUUGUUUUCGUUCAAAAAACAUUUCAAAUUUAGUGAAAAAAGACAAAAAGUUGAGCUAUACACGCGCUCGGGAAUGUCUUGUUAAAAAAUUAAAGCUUGUUGGACCCGAGUUAGAUCUUGGUACACAUUCUUUAAGAGCCAGUGGUGCUACAAAUGUGGCAAACGCGUCAGGUGUGUCUGACAGAUGUCUUAAGAGACACGGUCGAUGGAAGACCGAUAUAGCCAAGGACGGUUACGUACAGGAUUCUUUAGAAAAAAGAUUGUCCGUUACCAAGAUUCUUAAAUUAUAGUAGUUUUUAUAUAUUUUCGGUUUUGAAUUUGAAAUUUCUCUCACGCUAUACUUUGUAUUUUCUAUAAGCAUUUCUCUCGCAAACGCAUAACAGAGUUGUUAUUUCUUUGGUUUUUGUAGAAAGAUAGUUAGGACAUAAAAAGUUACUUGAAU